AGGUUAAAAAGUGAGAUGACCAAAGCACACAGAAAGAUGGAAAGAUAAAUUCAACAAAAGAGAUGCAAAGGGAUAAAGUUACAUUUAAAAGGCCACGAGGAGAAGACUGGUCUCACCAGAAGCAACGCAGGAUUCAACCUUUUAUCUUUCAGGUAAACUACGAUCAGCGAUGACUCUGCAGCAGAUUGCUACAGUGCUGUUGAUUUUAUCUUCCAAAGAAUUUUUGGGAGCUCUUGGAGCGAGGAUCAUCGGGGGUCAGGAGGUGCAGCCAUACUCAAUCAAAUACCAGGCCUCCCUGCAGACUGAGACAGGACAGCACUACUGUGGAGGAACAUUGGUGGACAAACAAUGGGUGUUAUCUGCUGCCCACUGCUGGAGACCGAGCCACCUGAUGAUUGUGGUGCUGAGUGAACACAACCUGGAUAAAGAAGAGGGAUUUGAACAAACCUUUGGCGUCUCAAAAAUAUAUUUUCACCAGUUCAGCUACAACACAUUCAACAAUGACAUCAUGCUUAUUAAGCUGGAUAGACCAGCACAGCUCAACGCCUACGUCCAGCCAGUGCAGCUGCCUGAUGAAGACACACCCGAGUUAAAGGGGGAUGUCUGCACUGUGAGUGGAUGGGGUGUUACACAGGUUUGGAGUUACACUCUGUCUCCUGUUCUCCGGGCUGUGGACGUGAGAGAAAUCCGCUACUGCAACUGGUAUUACUGGGGCAGAAUCACUGAGAACAUGAUGUGUGCUGGAUCUCCAUUUGGGGGCAAAGACUCCUGCCAGGGAGACUCCGGUGGUCCACUUAUCUGCAAUGGUUGCUUAGAGGGCAUUGUCUCCUGGGGUAUCAGCUGUGCAAACCCAUACUACCCAGGUGUCUACACCAAAGUGAGGAACUAUGUGCAGUGGAUCAACUUUCAUAUCAAUUCUGACUAAGCAUUCAAAUUUGUUUUUAAUAAAAUCAGCAACAUCUAAUGACUCUGCCUUGAUGUAUAUGCAUGAUUGAAUCAAUGUAUAAUAUCUUUUCUCUUGUUUUUGUUUUUUGUGAAUCAUGAUUAUUUGAGAAGACAUUUAAGAAGUAGUUUUCAAAUUGUCAAAGCAAUAUCACUUCAUUAUUAUGGGUUGU